GGCUGGGUUGGGUAAGGGAGAAAGUCGCCUUCUUGUUCUUUCUUCCCUCUGACAUUCCACCUCCUGUGAACCCCAUUAAUUUAUUUCUCUCUUCAACCCUCGAUUUCCCCUUUCUGCCCCUGGUUUCCCUCUGGAUUUCCUUUCUCAGGGUUGGUUUAUUUAUAUACAUCUCCCACCGAGGUAAAAGUUAGAUUUUUUUUUUUUUUUCUGGGCUGUAAAAUCUGUGUAUGUAUGUGUAUAUAUCUUCUUAUCCCUAUUCUUGUGUAAGACCCAGAAAAGUUUUCAUCUUGAGGAUGGGAUUGGUGUUUUCUUCUUCCAUGGCUGUUCUCUGAGAAAAUUGAUUCAACUUUAGGGAAUUUGUGGAUUUGGGAACACAAUAAUGCCUGGGAUUAUCAUGGAUGAAAUCAAGGAAGAAGCUUCAGUGAAUGCAGGGAGUGAGAAUUCUAGACCUAUGAAGGAAAAUUCAGUUUCAGAUAAAUCACCCAGAAGUGCAGCAAGUCCACAGCGCCCCCACAAUGCAGGCCACAAUCUCCCAAUUGAUGGGGUAGUUGACACCUCAAUUGAGCAACUAUAUGAGAAUGUCUGUGAUAUGCAGAGCUCUGAUCAGUCACCCUCAAGGCCGAGCUCUGGGUCUUAUGGGGAAGAGUCUAGGAUUGACUCAGAAUUGCGCCAUCUUGUUGGGGGGGAGAUGAGGGAGGUUGAGAUAAUGCAAGAGGAGGUGGUGGACAGACAGGAUGAUGAUGGUCGUAGUAACUCCUCUUCUAAAAAGGGAAGUUCAUCUGGCAGUAAGAAGUCAGGUAGGUUAGACAAAACCCAAUCUCCAAGGGUAAAGUCCAUUUCUUCCAGUCAUACCAAGAAAGCUUCUAACUUGGCACUGGACCCUGAAGCAUCACCAAAGUCCAGUCCUAAGGUAAAAAGCCCUUCUGAUAAACCUCCUAUUGAUAAGCGGAACAAUAAGACUCUAAAGAAGCCAAACACAGGGUGCUUUUCUCUGAAUAAAGGGAAGGCAUUGAAAACAAAUGGAACUGAGGAUGAAUCAGGACUAGGUAAUCCAGCUCUUGGACCAUUUCUACUCAAGCAAGCAAGGGAUUUGAUUUCAUCAGGAGAUAAUAUCCAGAAAGCUCUUGAAUUAGCACUGCGAGCUGCAAAAUCAUUUGAAAUCUGUGCAAGGGGGAAACCUAGUUUGGAAAUGGUUAUGUGUCUGCAUGUCACAGCAGCAAUAUACUGUAGCUUAGGCCAGUACAAUGAGGCAAUUCCAGUUCUCGAGCAGUCAAUCAAGAUUCCACAGAUGAUUGAAGAUCAAGAGCAUGCCCUUGCAAAAUUUGCUGGUCAUAUGCAGUUGGGUGAUACUUACGCAAUGUUGGGACAACUAGAGAAUUCAAUAGCAUGUUAUACAACAGGUCUGGAAGUUCAGAAAGAGGCUCUAGGAGAAACAGAUCCAAGGGUUGGUGAGACCUGCAGGUAUUUGGCUGAAGCUCAUGUCCAAGCACUGCAAUUUGAUAAGGCUGAAAGGUUAUGUCAGAUGGCCCUUGACAUUCAUAGAGACAAUGGUUCACCAGCUUCUCUUGAAGAAGCUGCUGAUAGGAGACUCAUGGGUCUUGUAUGCGAAACAAAGGGAGAUCAUGAAGCUGCUCUGGAGCAUCUUGUUUUAGCCAGUAUGGCAAUGGUGGCAAAUGGCCAGGAGGCAGAGGUUCCUUCUGUUGAUUGCAGUAUUGGAGACACAUACUUAUCUUUGUCUAGAUAUGAUGAGGCUGUUUUUGCCUAUCAGAAAGCACUCACAGCCUUUAAGACAACUAAGGGAGAGAACCAUCCAGCUGUUGCCUCAGUUUUUGUUCGUUUGGCUGAUCUGUAUAACAGGACAGGGAAAUUGAGAGAAUCAAAAUCAUACUGUGAGAAUGCCCUCCGAAUCUAUGAAAAACCCAUGCCUGGGGUCCCUCCAGAGGAGAUUGCUAGUGGCCUGACUGAUGUUUCUGCUAUCUAUGAAUCGAUGAACGAGCUUGAUCAGGCAAUCAAGUUGUUACAGAAGGCAUUAAAAAUAUACAAUGAUGCCCCUGGUCAGCAAAGCACAAUUGCUGGGAUUGAAGCCCAGAUGGGGGUUAUGUACUACAUGCUGGGUAAUUAUUCUGAAUCUUAUGAUUCCCUCAAGAUUGCCAUUUCAAAAUUACGUGCAUGCGGGGAGAAGAAAUCUGCUUUCUUUGGCAUUGCUCUCAAUCAAAUGGGUCUGGCUUGCGUUCAACGCUAUGCUAUAAAGGAGGCUGUUGAAUUGUUUGAAGAAGCCAGGAGCAUAUUAGAGCAAGAGUAUGGACCAUAUCACCCUGACACACUUGGGGUCUAUAGUAAUCUUGCUGGCACUUAUGAUGCACUUGGCAGGUUGGAUGAUGCAAUUGAUAUCCUUGAGCAUGUUGUUGAGAUGAGGGAGGAAAAGCUUGGGACGGCAAAUCCUGACGUUCACGAUGAGAAAAGGAGAUUGGUUGAACUGCUGAAAGAAGCUGGGAGAGUUCGGAGCAGAAAAGCCAGAUCUUUGGAGACCCUUCUUGAUGCCAACUCUCAAAAUACAAAUGGGGGUGAAAUUCGUAGGUAUGAUAAGGAAAAUUUUUAUGUAAUAAGAAACGAACAAGACGUACAAUAGGGCUCGUUUAGAAGGUAAAGCAUGACAAAAAAGGAAGGACCCGGCUAUUGAUGAUCUUUACCACAUUCUUGGUGUGGGGGAAGAAGAGAGUAGGAGGGUGGACUUGGAAUAACCACCUCAUGGUGUUUUGCUUGUGUUAUUUAUUUUGAAUUUUUGUGUUGAUUAAAGGCUGCUGUUAAGUUAUUGUGUGGAACAGUGGAAGUGAAACCAUAUGCAAGACUGUUAUUAUGAUAUGGAAGGUAUUAUAGAUCCACUUGCUGUGGAAUAAGUUAAGAUUCUUUGAUCAUAUGUUUGUAAAGUGCUAUUGUAAUUAUAACAGAAUGGUUUAAACAUGAUUCAUCUCUUUGAGCUGGAUUAUUGUGAUAUUGGCCAUCAAUCGAUGUUUGGUUGUGAACUU